CCAUAUUUAUAUGAAAAAGUAUUAACAUCUACAAUCCAAAAUUUAUACAAUAUGAAAAGUAAAGUCAUGACACAUCUAAUGUUGUUGAUUUCACAUUCUAAAUCUUGGUAUUUUUUUCUAUAAAUUUGGUCAAAGUUUACGAGGUUUGACUUCAGACAAAUCUUAUAUACGAACUAAAAAGAAGUGGAGGGAGUAGCAAGUGCGUACUACGUACGUAGUAGUCAUAAGAAAGAAGCAAAGCCAGAUCGAGAUCAUGCAAGUCAUGCCCUGGUGCCCAUGAUAAUGAGGAGCCGUGCAAGCACAAGCAGAAGCAGAGGUGGAGGAGUGAAGUACUGUGGCCUAUGGGCAGCGGCCAUCGCCUCUGUUCUUCUCGCCAUCUUGCUUGCCUCCACCACACACCUCCCUGCUUCGCCCUCCGAUCCUCUGCUACACGGCCGCCGUCGGCGGAGGCAGUGUGACGAGGAGGCCAGAUGGGUGGCCGGCAUCGCGUCCCAGCUCAACGCCACCCUCGUCCUGACCGUCGACCACCUCGGCUGCGGCAACUUCAGCAGCGUGCAGAAGGCGGUGGACGCGGUGCCUGACCACGGCGCGGCCGGCGGCCGGACGCUGCUGGCCGUGGGCGCCGGCAUCUUCAGGGAGAAGGUGGUGGUGUGGGGCAACAAGACGGGCGUGACGCUGCACGGCCGCGGCAACCUCAACAGCACCGUGGCGUGGAACGACACCGCCGCCUCCAGCGGCGGCAGCACCCCGUCCAGUGCCACCUUCACCGUCCUCGCCGCCAGCUUCGUCGCCUACAACAUCAGCUUCCAGAACACGGCGCCUCCGGCGGACCCGGGCGCCAGCGGAGGGCAGGCGGUGGCGCUGCGCGUGGCCGGCGACCAGGCGGCGUUCCACUGGUGCGGUGUGUACGGCGCGCAGGACACGCUGCUGGACGAGCAGGGGCGGCACGUCUUCCGCGGCUGCUACGUCGAGGGCUCCAUCGACUUCAUCUUCGGCAACGCUCGGUCCCUCUACCUCAACUGCACUAUCAGCUCCGUCGCGGCGGCCACCGGCAACGGCGGCCGCGUGACGGGGAGCAUCACAGCGCAGGGGCGCGGGUCAGCGUCGGAGAAAACGGGGUUCGCGUUCGUGGGGUGCAGCGUCGUGGGGACGGGGAACGUGUGGCUCGGGCGGGCGUGGGGGCCCUACGCCACGGUGGUGUUCGCGAGGACGUACCUCGCCGCCGGCGUCGUGGCGCCGGAGGGGUGGAACGACUGGAAUGAUCUGGCCAGGCGGCAGACGGUGUUCUUCGGGGAGUACGAGAGCACGGGGCCCGGGGCGUGCAGGGACGGGAGGGUGCCGUACGCGCGGCAGCUAGAUCGCCGGCAGGCCGCGCCCUUCAUGGACGUCUCCUACAUCGACGGCGACCAAUGGGCGGUGCCGCCACUGCCAGUAGUACUAGCGCUGCCGCGGCAGGAUGGCGGAGACGAUUCAGAUCAUGCACCACGGGGAGAAGUAAUGUAGAUUUAGCAUCUUUUUUGCCCUUUUCGUGGGUUUGAUUUCAUUUUUCUGACAUUAUUAAGUUUUUUCUUUUCGAAAUGGGACAACCACAGAUCAUAGGAUUCCACUUCUGAAAAAUAAAAUCCCUCUUGUUCA